AUGGCUACUUCACUUGAGGAUAAGGAUUGUUAUGAGAUCCUUCAAGUGAGUCGCGACUCCACUCUACAGGAAGUCAAAACGAGUUACAGAAAGCUAGCUUUGCUAUAUCACCCUGAUAGAAAUCCCAAUAAAGAAGGCUACGAUGAAAUAUUUUCUGCUAUCAGUAGCGCCUACAACAUAUUAUCAAAUGAGGAUAAACGAAAAUGGCAUGAAAAGGAUUACACCAGGGAUCAGUAUUCGGUCUUCACUGAAGAAAUUCGUGAGAUGCAAACCAAUCUAAGAGCUGUCAAGUUCGAUGUAUGGGUAAAUUUUAUAAACCGAAUACGAUCCGAUGAACAGACCGCAGGUACAAAAGUUCAGUGGCCAAGCUUGGGAGAUUCCACUUGGUUAUGGACACACACAAAACCAUUGUAUCAGCGAUGGUUGCGAUUUUCUACAGCAAAAUCUUUUGAAUGGGAAGUUAUUUACAACGACGAAGAGGAAACAGACCCUGCUACGAAACGACUAAUGAAAAAGGAAAAUCUAAGAUGUAUUAAAUACUGUACCCAACAAUAUGAUGCAGCGGUGCGUGAACUCAUUGCAACAAUGUGUGAACUAGAUCCUCGUCGUCAAAACGUACAAAAAGUUUCAGACCCUGAACGUUAUGAAUCUUUGCAAGCAGCGUCCCGUCAACAAAGCGAGCGCGAUCGCCGCAAAUACCAAGCCUCUUUACAAGAACAAUCUAUUGCUUCAUGGACAGUUGUGGACCAAGAAUUAAACUGGAGCGAGGAUGAAGAUAUAGUUGAGGAUGACGAUGUGUCUAUUGACGAUACAGAAGCAGCAGACAAUACGAACUGCUUCAUUUGCAGCAAACAAUUUCGCUCAUUACAACAGCUAAAGAAUCACGAAAACAGCAAAAAGCACAAACAAAACAGUAGAAAAGCGAGAAAGCAACAAGAAAAAGAAGCCAAACUCGCCUCCAAAUCGUCGGAAGCUUCUCUUGGAACAUCAAAUUCUCCUCAAGAAGCGGGAUCCCCAUAUAAUCAAUCCUCCAAAAGUGCAGAGGAUCUCGAAAAAAGUUUCACGUUUAUUGACAUGUCUGAUGAAGACUUCUUCACAGUCCCCGAAAUCAGUGAUGAAGAAGCGUUCUAA